AUGUCCCAAGUCAGCGUCGAAGAGGUUCAAGACCAGGCAAAUGUCCCAGACCGACGUCAAUCGAGGUCAUAUUCGCGACCUUUCGGCGUCGAUCCUAACGUCAGACACCAUCCUGCUGUUCGUGUGGACGAAUCUGAGCAAGCUUUAACGGACCGAGCCAAUCUGUACCCCUCCGAGAGUCCCUUGCCUAGUGCAAGACGCACACAAGAAGAAAUCGACCGCCACCUUCAGCAAACAGAGCAGCGACCGCCUACCUUGCCGCCUCAGCCUCAACCCUAUGAGAAGGGAUACCGAAUACCUGGACCUUAUGUUCAAGAGUACCGAUCUCCAAAACAAAUCUCAUCCCCCAAAAACGGCCGAAGCCAGGCUCAAGUACAAGCGAGUGGCAAGCCACUACCGAGCACAUUACGAUCUCAGGGUUACGCUGGCCAGCCUCAGCCUGCACCAAGAUCUUACACCGCUUCAGAACAACAGAAUGCUCCAAGCUAUCAAGGGCAUGCCGCUUGUUCGAACAGUCCAGCUCCUUAUGCCGAGUACGACAUGAAGCAUGGAGAAUGGGGAAAUUAUACCCAAAACCAACCUCUGCAGCAGCAUACCCAAAACCCACCCCUGCAACAGCAAAGGCAGUCCAUGGGUCCACCUGCGCACCCCGUCCACCAACAAAUUUCCAGCCAGCAGACGUCGGUACAAGCAGCACCUUUACCACCAUCAUCCCAACAACCACAGGCUGAGCCAAAGAAGAGCACGUUUGGUAAGCUGUUUGGGGGAAGCUCUUCUAAGGGUUCUAAACUUCAAAAGCAAGCCAGGUCAGAAGCUCAGGUUGGAUCUCAAGGACAUGUGCACAAAGAAAAGCGAAACAGCAUGCUCCGGCGGAAUGAGAGUGGCUCCUCGCGGCAAAACAGCAAAUACACCAGUCGAGAUCGGCUUGGGCAGCUUCCACCUCCGAACGUCCCUUCCCAAUACGCUCAGCAGCAAUCGAGCAAUGUCUCCACAGAACCGACGCCGGACAUGGGCGAGAAGCUCGCAGAAGGCAAGAAGAAGCGGUUUUCUGGGCUUGGGGCUAAGUUAUUUAAGAGCAGAGCCGCCACCACACCCACUGCCCCAUCGCAGACAUCGGGAUCUGAAAAUCAGAGGACGGGCCAACGCAUUGCUUCUCCCGAACCAUACUCUGUGCAGACUCCCAGUGUCAUGUCUCCAGAGUCCUUAUCUGCGCAGACACAACAUGAUCAGUACCCAGUGGGACCUGGAAGCUAUUUCAGCCAAACACAGGUGCAGCCCCCGUACCAACAAUCCGCCCAUACGACAGGGCAAUUUUCACCCCAGUACCCUGCAGCGGCUUCUCCGUAUCAGCAAAAUCCUCGACCUUUUGAGUAUACACACCCGUCACAAUCUCCGCCGCCUCCUGGUCAGGAAGCAUCUGCGGGACGAUACGCAACGGGUGUCUCUAUGACCCUGGGUCAUCAGAGCCGCCCGUCCGAUUUGCGCAUCAAUACAAGCAACCAAGACCUGGGCCACUACGAUGUGCCCGCCACUGCCCCAGCUCAGGUCCACCCGCCCAGAGCAUCUCCUUUCGCCUCUUCUCCGUACAAUCCAAACCCAAGCUCAGGCAUCACCACCAUGACUGGAACGACUUUGCCACCGCCUCGCUCUGCGCAAUCUUCGUCUCAGAACCCUCGCGACCACGUUGUCGAUCUGCACAAACGCUCCCGAUCGCCUCGACUCGGGCGUGCUGCAUCCGACGACCUCGAUGCCUCACAGCGCCAGCAACCGACCAGCCUGCUCGGCACCUUUAGCUCCAAGAAUAUCUCCCCCGUGGGAGGCAUCCCGCGGCCGCAUAACGACCAAGAACGACCCUUUGCCAUCACGGUGCCGGGCCUAGACGACGACAACAACAACGACGCCCGAAGGAAGCACAAUCUUCGCGACCGUAUCGCUGGUGGGGCGCCCCGAAGCAAUACCCCUGUAAGCGUCGAAACCGGCGGGCAUGGGGCAGCACCAUCUUCGCACUUGGCUGUCACGACCAGCACAGGCGGGCUGGAACGGAACGUCUCCGUGCUCGAAGGCUACAACAACACCCCCGACAGUCCGCGCCAGGCCCGACGCGAAAGCGCCAGAGACAAGACCACGCCGGGCUUCAUUGCCGAGUUACCCGGCAGCAAGGCCGAGGGGUAUGAGAGCGAGGAGGAGAUCCCUAUGAGCGCCACGGCGUAUCCCGGGCAGGAGUGGAUGCCGGUUUUCGUGGGCGACGGGAGGUGGGAUGAUUGA